AAUUAUAAAGUGUAAACAAGUGACCAAUCAGUGACACUAAGAGAAAGGACCGUUGUAUCAAAACAACAUGGCAGUCUACAAUAAACAAUCAAACAUAAUUUACAAUAUGUUUGUCCUGGCUUUUUGUUGCAUAACGAUGCUUAUCGUUUCUGUAGACAGUGCUAUAUUUUCAAUUAAAAAUAAACAUUCUCAACGUCCAAAGUUGUAUUCAGUUGGUCUAGACGUGACAUAUGACUCAUUUUUAAAUGGAAAAAAAAUAGAUCAAGAUCUUCAAAGUGAAAGUCUAGGAGUAGUAGUAGGAGCAGGAGAUAGAUUUAGAUCUAGUAAUAACCUGAAAAGUAAUGUUAAUUCCAUGACUCAGACUGCGCCUGAUUGGUAUCAUCGUUCUAAGAGAAAUCCUACUCUAUCUCACGCUGAAAUAAUUAAAGAAAGAGUUGUUUUGAAUGGUACAGAAAAAUCAACACAAGCUUUCAUUCACUGGGUUGGGAAAGGCACCAGUGAGCGUAUCUUUGUGCUUACAUGUAAAAUUGACUAUAAAAAUAGAAUCUCUCUUGUGGAGCACAGUCAGCUCUGGAGAUCUGAUGAUUAUGGCUCAUCCUUUAAAGUUAUGAGUUUUGGACCAGAUACACGUAUUUCUUAUAUGUAUCCAUUUCCAACUGAUUCCUCAAAGCUCAUCUUCACAGAUGUGAUGGCUAAAAAGAUCUACACCACAGAUGAUGAGCUCAAUACUAACAAGUCAUACACAGUUGAUGUGGAGCCAGACAUUAUAGUGCCACACCCUGUGGACCCCUCAAAGUUCUUACUCUACAGCCUGACUCAAAGAAAGUUGUAUGUGUCCAUCAACUUUGGUGUUAAUGUGACCUUGUUAGCUGAGGAUGUCAUGCCUAAUUUCUUUUGGGCUGAAACUGAUAAAAUUGCAGAUAUAGUGCAUAUGGAAAUCAAAGGAGGAAUGCCAGCUCAGUCUUUGUACAAAUCCUGUGUUGUACCCAGCUGUAGUAGCAGUGAGGUCUAUGCUGAGUUAAGUGAAGUUGGUCCUUUCAUAACUGGUAGUUUGACUGUCCAAAGAGAGUUCAUCUUUGUUCAGAAAAGCAACUGGAAUGGUUCAGAGAAUUAUUUAGCUGUUUCCUAUCAGCGACAAAAAUUCAAACGUGCUUACUUCCCUGGAGAUGUAAAAACUAAUGACUUUAUUUUGUUAAACUUAGAUGCUGGGCAAGUGUUUUUGGCAGUGAACCAUGGUGACUUUGUAAAUCUGUAUCUCUCUGAUGUUACUGGCCAGUAUUUCACGCUCAGUUUGGAGAAUGUUUCUCAUACCAUUCGACUGAAUUGGUUUGAAGUUGAUUUCUAUGAGGUUGAAGGAAUGAAGUGGACUUUCUUAGUGAAUAAACAAAUCUCAACAAAAUCUGGCAUGAAAUCUAAAACAUACAUUUCUUAUGAUAAAGGGGGCAACUGGGCUCCACUAGUAGUCAACCAAACUUGCAAAAAUGCUGAAGAAUGUGGUCUGCAGCUUCAGUUCAUGCAGGCAGGCUUCUUAAACUCCAUUUAUUCUGAGAGUAAUGCUGUAGGAGUUAUAAUUGCUCAUGGUUUUACUGGCAACUCAUCACUAGAACUUCCCUCUGUAUUCACUUCUACCAAUGGGGGAGCCAAUUGGAUUCAAGCUACUAUAGAUAAGAAACCUCUUAAUGGUAUUUUCCGCUUCAACUUAAUGGAUCAAGGAGGCAUUCUGACUGCUAUUUCUGAUGGUCUUCUCUCUGGAUCUAAUAGUACAACAGUAUAUUAUUCUCUUGACCAAGGCUACACCUGGCAGAGUGAACAAUUUGAUAAAGAAAAUUUGAUUGUGAAAGGAGUCUUGACAGAACCAGGUAUCACCACCAUGGUUGAGAGUGUAUUUGGACAUGAAAUGAAAGAGAAACCAUGGACAUUAAUCAAGUUAAAUUUCUCACAGUUGCUGCCUAAAAAAUGUGAAGACAAAGAUUAUAUUGAUUGGAUUCCAAAGGAUUAUAAUUCAGUGAACACCAGCUGUUUAUUGGGUAGUGUUGUUCAUUAUAGAAGACGGAACUCUUCUGCUCUGUGCUAUAGUGGAGGCACUUCAGGCACCACCAAAGAAAACAAAAGUUGUGUGUGCACACAGGAAGACUAUGAAUGUGACUUUGGCUUUGAAAAAGUUGGUGAUACCUGCAAUAAGUCUAAAUGGUGGAAUGAUUAUUAUUUGCCAAGUGAAUGUGAGGUCAAUGACACUUAUCAUGAAACCAAUGGUUACAGAAAAAUACCCACAGACAGUUGUGUUGAAAGUGGCAUCAGUUCAAAAUAUGAAAGAAAAGUGAAGCCAUGCCCAGUCAUUGCUCCUUUAAGAUUGUCCAUCAUUUCAGAAGCAGUGAAUGUCCAAGCUGGGAUGGAAGUUACAUUUCAUCUGGAGCAAGCAGGAGGUUCUACUCGUGAAACAAACUACACUUGGAACUUCAAUGACUCUAGUCCCUCUAAAGAGGACAUAGGAUUCAAUAAUGCAUCUAUGAAAAAACAUAUUUUCCACAAGUCUGGCCACUACAUGGUAUCUGUGACAGCUGUGAAUGUGAAAGGCAAUACAACAGCAGUGGCUCAUGUACAUGUACAAGAGCCAAUAGCCAAUGCUUACAUUGUUGCACCUUGGGCAUGUGUGGUCAAAAUGCAGGUGACAUUUAGCAUAGUUGUGGCUUCACAUGCCCGACUGGUAGAUUCUAACAGUGACCACAUGCAUUAUAUUUGGAGAUUUGGUGAUGAGCCCAUUAACAGUUUACCAACCUUGACAUGGAACAGUACAUUAUCUCAUGCAUACAAUACAUCUGGACUCUACAAACUUACAUUGGAAGCUGUAAAUGCCAUUUCAUCACUUUACAAGGAGGUAGUGAUACAAAUCUUUGAUAAGGCUAAAAUUCUAAUUCUGAAGUUCAGUGAGAAUGUGUCUAUGUAUAAUUUGAGUCAACCAUUAAUAGGCCAGUUGUUUACUCAAAGAAUUAGGCAACAAUUGGCUGAGGAUGUUGGAGUAAAUAUGAACCGGUUGGAAGCUGUUCUGGUUAGUGUGGAUCCAGUUCUAGUUCACCUGUACAUUUUCCAGUCAAACGAAGACAGUGAAUUCAAUAUGACACAGAUCAAAACAUUUGUAUUAGAUAAGAUAAGUCAAGGAGUUUUGGGUGUCAACAUUUUAGGGAGAACUUAUGACACUGAUAACAUUAUCCAGAUUGUUUCUGCCACUGAACUCACAACUGAUGAAGACAACCCAUCUCCCAAUAGUGGCAUGAACCUGAAGGCUUUAUUUAUUGCUGCCCCAAUACUGGUGCUUGCUGUCAUUGUAUCUGGUGUGUCCUUUAUGUACUGUAGAAAGAAAAUGAGCAGUCUUCGACAGUACAAUCUUCUCAAUAAUCAUGAUGAUACUGAUGCAAUGCUUGAUGAUGAUGAGGCUCCACUUGAUUUAAAUGCUGAUUUUGGAAUCCGUGAAAGUUCUAGAGAUGAUCAUCUCUUGGAAAGUAGUGGUGGCAGUCACCUUGUAAUGGUCACUGGAAAUUCCUCUGACCAUUCUGUGAAUUGUUAAAUUAAAAAAAAAAAACUUCUGUGAAAAAGGGGCCAUGAAAACCAUAAGACAUUAAAAUAAUGUUGUUGUUUUUUUUGUUUUUUUAAUAUGGUAUUAAAUUAUACAUUAUUUUUGAUGCAUUACUAUCUUUAUAUGAACUGUUGAGCUCAUUAAAAAACUAAAUACUCCCAUGUUUGAGUAUUUCAUUCAUUGUAACAUUGUCUUCUUCACAUAUAAACUUUUUACUUUUGUAUUUUAUACUUUUUUUUUCACCUGUCCCAUUGUCUGGUGAGGCAAAACAUAUCAUUAAAUGUUUUUAAAAUAUAUGAUAAAUACCAGCAUAAGGCUACAUUAUAAGGUGUCAAACACCUAAAACAAGAUAGUAUGAAGCUAAUGUUGAUUUGAUGAAAGGCAUACUUCAUACCAAAAGUCAAAUUAACUUUGAUGCAUUUGUUCACAGAAAAUUCUCUAGCAUUUAUUUGUGUCCCAACAGUUUAAUGAGCUUGGCUGUUAACAAAUACAGCAGCGAGCUUAUUUGGAUGACCAAGUUUAAAGUUAUUUAACAUUUUUUAUGCAUUUGAAAUAAUGAUGAAAUAAACUUACCUACACUGUAAUAUCUAUAUGUAUACACUCCAUUUAUUUCAUAAAUUUUCUUUUAUUUCUCUGGAGCUUGACUUUGUGUAGCUUAUCCUCACGCUUUACUUGUUUAGUAAUAAUGUAUUGCUCAUAAAGAAAUUGUACUCUCAUUCUGAUCUAAAGGCUUUACAUGUUAUUGUUUUCUUUUUAGACUGAAAUGAUACACUUACAGUAAAUAAAACAAGCUAUAUGCUCAAAGCGGAUCAUCAGUUAGUCAAAUACUUUUUUGGGGACUUAAAUAUUAAGAGAUGGGUGUACCACAAAAUUUUAAUUCAGCUUUACUUUUUUUAUAAUAAUAUUCUGUCAAAUUUAUAUACCAGUAUUAAAGUUUCAAAUGGGGAAAAUUAAACUGAUGAAAUAAUUUUAUUUUCACAGAACUUACAAAAUGAUUGAUUUUAAAGGAUACUUUAUAUAAGUUCACUAUGUACGACUCAUUUUUGUGCAUCGUGCAAAUUGGGAACAAGUUCAUUUCUCUAAUUAGUUUAUUACUUAUAAUUUGCCUGACUAAAGACAUCAUUAAAAUAAACAUCUUUUGUAUUGUAGUAUUAUUUUAUAGUAAACAAGAAAAAGGACAUAUAGUACAUUUUUUUUUCUAUCAGCAUUUACUUGUUAGUCAUUGUGUGGGCAUUUUAUAUGUGUGUUAAUUUGUGUUUAAUCUGUACAAGCUCUCAUGUCUUGUGGUGAACAUCUUUCAGGGGAAAUUGCCUGCACAUAUUUUCAGAAUAAUCUUUUUAGACCCCAAUUGAAUCUCAUGUUGCCAAUUGUAUGAUUCCUAGCAUUCAAUUCCUUCCCCCAUGUUUAGUCUUUGCUUUAAUGACUAUUAUAAUGUCUGUGCUACAAAUCGUAAAAAAUACAUUACUGCUGAAUGUCUUUCAUUGCUGAUGUGAUUAAAAUGUUACCCACAUUG